AUGGGGUCUGGGGCUUCCACGUUACUGCAGGACGAAGAGCUCGAGAUCAAGAAGGAGACCGGCUUUUCCCACAGUCAGAUCACCCACCCCUACAGCCAGUUCACCAGCCCGGACAAAGGAGAGAAUGGGACUCUCAGCCGGGAAGAUUUCCAGCGAAUUCCAGAACUUGCCAUCAACCCACUGGGGGACCGGAUUAUCAAUGCCUUCUUUCCAGAGGGAGAGGACCAGGUAAACUUCCGUGGAUUCAUGAGAACUUUAGCUCAUUUUCGACCUAUUGAGGAUAACGAAAAGAGCAAAGAUGUGAAUGGACCAGAGCCACUCAACAGCCGAAGCAACAAACUGCACUAUAAGAAAACUGAGAUCUGGAAGGGUCAAAGGACAUGCCCAUGA